CCCCCACCCGCACCACCCCCACCACCUCCCCGAGGACCUGAUGCUGGAGAGGUUUUCCUCCAUCCCGGAUUUCCAGCCCUUCUUUGACAACGGAGAGCCUUGCAUCGAGGUGGAGUGCGGGGAGAACAAGGCGCUGCUCUACAUCAAUAAGUUGUGCCAAGGGAGCAAAGGACCCUCUAUCCGGUACCGGGGAGAGUGGCUCACCCCCAACGAGUUCCAGUUUGUCAGCGGCAGAGAGACGGCCAAGGACUGGAAGCGCAGCAUCAGGCACAAAGGGAAAAGUCUGAAGACUCUUAUGUCCAAAGGAAUCUUACAGGUACAUCCUCCAAUCUGUGAUUGCCCUGGGUGUCGAAUUUCGUCUCCAGUGAACCGGGGCCGCCUGGCAGAGAAGAGGACAAUCCCCCUGCCCCCCAGCAGGGUCCCCAAAAAAGAGCUGAGCUCCAUCUUCUCGCACAGCGACGACAGCGAGGAGAGCGACAAGAGCAAUGGGCAGCAGCCCGAAGUGAAGCAGGAGGAGGAUCUGCACAUCAGUAUCAUGAAAAGAAGGAUUCACACCCACUGGGAUUUGAACAUCUCCUUCCGAGAGACCUCUUGCAGCCGUGACAGUGACCUGUCCACCAUCAUCUCCAACCUGCACCAGAGCCGGCAGCUCGUGAUGCCCGAGAGCCAGAGCCGCUGUGAGUUCAAGAGGAGCAGCCUGGACGUGGGGCUGGCAGCAGCAGAUGAAAUUUUAGGCAAGAGAAGGGUAUGUUCACCCAACAGCAGCAGUGAGUGUCCUUUGGAGAGCAAGAAAGCCAGGAGUGAGUCCCCAAAGGAGACGUGUCAGACGCCGGUGCUGGAGGAGGCGGUGGCGCAGAUGACCCCGGAGGAGCACUACAGGCGCAUGAUGUCAGCCCUGAACGAGCACGGCUCCUUCGAGGAGCAGCAGCAGCAGCAGCAGCGCCUCUACCAGCUGGCCAACAGCAUGGCAGUGCCCAGCCACGGAGAUCUGCUCCGGGCACGGCAGGAGGUGGCGGCGGCGGCGGCGGCGGCGCGGACCCCGGGCGCGAUGGAAGCGCACAUCCCCUCGGCCAGCAACUCAUCCAGCCAGCGCAGGAAGCAGGGCCUGCCCCAGCACAGGGACAGCCACUUCCCCGACAGGGAGAUCUCCCACCCACCACCUCUGCUGUCCCCCCAGAACGCUCCUCACAUCGCCCUGGGGCCCCACUUGAGACCUCCCUUCCUCGGGGUGCCUUCAGCUCUGUGCCAGACACCAGGUUACGGGUUCCUGCAGCCAGCACAGGCAGAGAUGUUUGCACGGCAGCAGGAGAUGCUACGGAAACAGAACCUGGCCAGGCUGGAGAUGUCGGCCGAGCUGAUCCGCCAGAAGGAGCUGGAGAACCUGCACCGGCAGCGGCUUCUGGCUGCUGGGGACCCUCUGAGCCUGCACCCGGGGCUGCCCCCGGACCACCCCGCUCUGCGCAGCGUCCACGAUGUCCCCGAGGGCCACGCGCUGCGCGACGAGCUGUCCCGCCGCAACGCCAUGCUGGUGCUGCGACACAACAACGCCCCGCUGCUGUCCCUCACCCCCGCCGGUGGCCCCGGCGCCGCCACCCCGCCCAAGGAGCAGCCACGGAGGGCCGGAGGUGGCCGCAAAUCCUCGCAGCCCCGCGCGGAGCCGCAGGGAGAGGCCAGGGAGGCGGCGGAGGCGCGGGCCAGGGAUGGAGGGCAGGACUGUAACGACGAGGAGAUGAAGGACUCGGAGAGCGACGCCGAGGACAAAGCCGAGGGGGUGAAGGGAGAGGCAGCGGAGCUCAAGGAGUGCAAGGAGGGCGCGGGCAAGGCGGGCGAGGUGGCCAAGGAGCUGGGCGAGGUGGCCGCGACCCCCAGCGUGCCCUGCAGCUCCUCGAGCGCCGAGUCCCCCAGCCACCUGCUCAGCAAGGCCGAGGUGAAAUAUCUGCCCCCAGCCUCCCUGCCCGCGCCACAGCCGCUGCCCUUCGGCUUCCCCUACACCAUGAGCCCCUACUUCCAUGCAGGCACCAUGGGAGGUCUGUUCCUGGAUGGGGAGGAGAGCCCAGCGCUGGAAGACAUCAGCAAAUGGACAGUGGAGGAUGUCUGCAGCUUCGUGUCCAACUUGUCUGGCUGCACUGAGUACACUCAGGUAUUCCGAGAGCAGGCCAUCGAUGGGGAGACCCUGCCCCUCCUGACAGAAGAGCACUUACUGAACAACAUGGGGCUCAAGCUGGGACCUGCCCUGAAGAUCAGGUCACAGGUAGGACAAUCUCCUCUCUCAGAACCACUGACACCAUUUACAGCUGUCCCAGAAACGGGCUUUGUCAAAUAUCAUUUAUUAAGCAAUAAUUUCAUUGCAAUUCUGUUGCAAGAACGCUUGAAAAUGUUCCAUGGGCUCACCUGAAACCUGUCACAGCUGCUUCAGGGAGAAAUCCUCACCUGAAACCUGUCACAGGUGCUUCAGGGAGAAAUCCUCACCUGAAACCUGUCACAGGUGCUUCAGGGAGAAAGCACUGGCAGAAUUCAGUGCCCAGAGGCAGAAAUCAAUAGU